AUGCGAGACCCCGAUCUUCUCCGUCUCAGACAGAAUGACAGCGAUCUAGGUACACUUCCCUCACCCGUACCUCUGGUUCCCUGCGAGAAGACUGGAUAUCCUGGAUACUUAUUGAAGAGAAACAGAAAGAGAAACAGAAAGAGAGCAGGUAAUCAAAUACACGAUACUCGGGAUGGGAAUGAAUACUUAUGA